AUGAUAAGGUCGCCACCACGGCCCGCUCAUAAACCGUCCGCGAACUCGAGCAUCUCUUCAACUCUUGAUUUGGCGGCAGGUGACGAUGACAGGACAUCAACUCGGUCAGACUCGCCUGUGAGUUCGUCGUCGGCGUCGAGCGACGCGUCCUCAGGGUCGAUCGCGAUCGCGAAGACAGACGCCACAAGGGCGCCAUCAGCAGACAGCCCGGAGAGGAAGAGUUCCGUGAAUCAAGCGAACAGUGUACCCUACAUCGAGACUUCUCCUCAGCCAUCUCCGCGAGUGGGAGAGUUCAAUGACAAACGCAUCAUCAACCCAGCAGUUGUUAGGGAAUUCCGCGAGCAGGAAGGUAUCAGCGAAUCUCCGAGCCGGCCAUCAACCAUCGCGGGGCGGUUGGUCCCACCGGAUGAGAACGAUGACUCGCUGACGCCGCUCUCGUCGUUCACCGCCUCAACGUCUCCAUCGCCAUCGCUGCAGACGCCAUCCGUAAGAUAUUCUGACUGGGUAUCCGAAGUCAUCGCGCCACUCAAGUCCUUCAUUGACGCCAAAUCCGAUCCACGGGACUUAUUCACGGAUCUGCAGGAAGUUGCAGAGGGCGAAAGCGGUUCAGUGUACGCUGCUCGUGUCGUCGCACCAGGCCCCAACGACCCGACAUAUGUCGCCAUCAAGCAGGUCGUGCUUGCGCCUGAGGGCUCGCAGAAGCUUGAAGAUCUCUGCAGGGAGCUGACGCUGAUGAACAAGGUCCGACACCCAAACAUCCUCGCAAUGGAGACGCUGUAUGUCGACGUGAUCGAGGAUGCGCUCUGGAUUCAUAUGGAGCUCAUGGACCGCAGCCUCGCGGACAUUCUCACCCUUGCCGAGCACGGCAUCGUGCUUUCCGAGGUGCACAUCGCGCAGUUCGCUGCAGACGCCCUUGCAGCGCUCGUCUUCCUUAACAAGCAUGGCAUCGCGCACCGCGACGUCCGCUCAGACAACCUUCUCGUCAACGCGCAAGGUGUCGUCAAACUCACCGACUUCACAAGUGCCGUGCGGGUGUCGAAGGCCGCGCCGGUGCGCUUUGAUCAAGCAGGCGUCAUAUACUGGCAGGCUCCGGAGAUGCGCAUUGGCCCAUAUAAUGCCCUGAAAGUCGACGUGUGGAGUCUCGGGGCCACGGUAUGGGAGCUGGCGCAGGCGGAACCGCCAUUCUCGGACGCGACAGAUGCUAGCCAACUUAGCGACAGAUGGCCAUCUGUGGACCACCCCGACAACUAUUCACGAUCUUUCCAUAGUUUCCUAAAGCUCUGUUCAGGGCCGGUAACGUCACGACCAGACCCAGAUGUGCUGCUUAAUGCUCCUUUGGUACAGAAUGCCGACGGUCGCGAUGCGAUUGUCAAGCUGCUCGCCCAGUGCCGCGCGGUGGAGGAGCAGCUGAUGCGAAGUUGA